GGCGGCCCGUUGCUAGGAGGCGGGGACGCCUGCCCGCUGGGACCCGGGUCGCCGUGGGCCCCGCUGCCUGGCGGAGCCCAUCGACGGCAGGUUGGUCUCCGGGUGGCCCGCGCCUGCGGGGCCGAAGACGCGCGGCUGCCCGGUCUCGAGGAGCGAUGGAGCCUGGGAAGAGAAGAACCAAAGAUGAUACUUGGAAAGCAGAUGACCUCAGAAGACACCUUAAGGCUGUACGAUCAGGUAGUCCCAAGGAAGAUAGGAAAGUUAGAGAAAAGAAGAUGCACAAGGAGGCAGAACUGGGCACUCUGGAGUACAGAGAACACAAGAGCCGGGACCCAGAGCGAGAGGCCCGGCACAAGGAGAAGACUGCGGACAGAGACCUGUAUGCCUCCCUGGAACAUCUUCGUGGGGAGAGAGACCGGGAGAAGCACAAAGAAAGGAGGAAAGACAUGAAAGACCGUGAGAAAGACAAGCUGAAAGACAGACAUCGAGACCAAGAUGCUGAGAAGGCUUACAGUCGAGGCAAGGACAGAGAGAGAGAGAAGGAGAGAAGGGCCCGGAAAGAAGAGCUCAGGCAAACUAUGACCUACCAUGACCUCCUGGGUCGGGAAAUGCGGGGCCGGCAGACAGGGGAGAGGAAGGUCUACACCGUAACUAAAAUACGAACUGAGGAAAAAGAAAAGAGAGAGGAAGAUUCUGAAAGAGGAGAUGACGACAGAGAAAGAAGAUAUCGAGAAAGAAAGCUGCAGUACGGAGACAGUAAGGAGAACCCUCUCAACUACUGGCUCUAUAAGGAGGAAGGUGAGAAGAAGCACAGGAGGGUGAAGGAUCCAGACCGGGAGAGGAAACACCGAGAGAAAAGCAGCACAAGGGAGAAGAAAGAGAAACACUCAAAAGAAAAGGGGAGCCUGCUGUCUGACAGGGAGGUGGAGGAGAGACACAGAGAGAAGCGGCACAAGGAGGGCCUUCACCAUGAUGAGGAGAGGCGCCGAAAUCACACAGAGAAGAAGGAGAGACCUUUCAAAGAGGAUCACAAGAAACGGGAGUCGAAGGAUCCUGAAAGGGAAGACAUUGAUUUAGAGGCUACUGGGGAUGAUGAGUAUCUGGCCAAUUGCGAUGAAGACUUUGAAGACUAUGAAGAUGAUUUUGAGGUUUGCGAUGGAGAUGAUGACAGCUAUAAUGAGCAUGACCCUAAAGAAAAGGCUGAAGAACUUCCUCUAGCUCAGAAAAGGGAAAUCCAAGAGAUUCAAAAGGCAAUCAGUGCAGAGAAUGAAAGGGUUGGCGAGCUGUCAUUGAAACUGUUUCAGAAGCAAGGUCGGAUGGAGUAUGUGAAGGAGCCCUGGGCAGAUACAAAUGGUCCUACUUCUAGAACCCCUGUUUGUGGGAUUUUUGUGGAUUUUGCAACAGCCUCACAUCGUCAAAAGAGUCGGAGUCAGGCCCUUAAGCAAAAGACACGAAGUACCAAACUUCUCCGGCUUAUUGAUUUAGACUUUUCAUUCACUUUUUCUCUCUUGGAUCUACCACCAGUAAAUGAAUAUGACAUGUACAUAAGGAACUUUGGGAAAAAAAAUACCAAGCAGGCAUAUGUUCAGUACAACGAAGAUAAUGUUGAUAGAGAUGUUCAGACUGAAGAUAUAGACACCAGGGACGUUUGGACCCAGCACCCAGGGGAAGGCACUGUUGUAUCUGGAGGGAGUGAAGAAAAAGACUUCUUGGAUGUCGCCGUCGUCCCAAAGAUUGACACACCACGGUUGUCCAGCUUUCUCCGGGCAGCAUGUCAGGUGGUUGCUGUUCUGCUGGAGGAGGACCGUUUGGCCGCUGGACCCAGUUGGAAUCCUCGGGUUCAAGACAAAGCUCUGAGCAUCAGCGACAGCUCCUCUCAGCUGAACACAAACCUGCUGUUCCUUCAGAGUCGGAAAGUAUCCUGUUUGCAUGCCUCUCGAGUUCAGAGGCAGAUUGUGGUGUCUGUUCAUGACUUACCUGAAAAGGCGUUUGCCCCAUCUCUGGAUACCAGGCACCUCCUCUGUGUGUGGGAUAUUUGGCAGCCUUCAGGGCCCCAGAAGGUUCUGAUAUGUGAGUCAAAGGUCACAUGUUGCUGCUUUAGCCCUUUAAAAGCGUUUUUGCUCUUUGCGGGAACAGCGCAUGGCUCUGUGGUUGUAUGGGACUUACGAGAAGACUCCAGGAUACAUCAUUAUGUGAGGCUGAGCGAUUGUCUCUGGGCCUUUAGGACCCCAACAUUUUCCACUGAUGGAAUCCUAACAUCAGUGAACCACCGAAGUCCUCUUCAAGCCAUUGAGCCAGUUGCCACAUCUGUCUACAAAAAGCAGAGUUUUGUGCUUUCACCCAUUUCUACUCAAGAAGAAAUGGCGGGUUUGUCAUUUCACAUCGCUUCCCUGGAUGAGAGUGGGGUUCUCAACAUGUGGGUGGUUGUUGAGUUACCAAAAGCAGAUAUCUCAGGUUCAAUGAGUGAUUUAGGAUUGAUACCUGGAGGGAGGAUCAAAUUGGUGCACAGUGCUGUGAUCCAGUUGGGCAUCAGUCUUUCCCGUAAAGAUAGUGAAGUGUGGGGGUGCACACAAACACUGAGUGUCAAAUUCCUGCCUUCGGAUCCUAAUCACUUUGUUGUUGGCACCAACAUGGGAUUUAUAAGCCACAGUACCAGACAAGACUGGAGAGUAUCUCCCAAGAUGUUCAAACCUCAGCAACGUGGUUUCAGACCAAUAAAAGUUAAUGUGAUUGAUUUUUCACCAUUUGAAGAAACAGUAUUCUUGGCUGGCUGUUCAGAUGGAAGCAUCAGGCUACACCAGCUGAGGUCUGAGAAGCCUGUCCUACAAUGGGACAGCAGCACCAGUGGCCACUCUGUUACUGACCUGCAGUGGUCUCCGACGAGACCUGCUGUGUUCUUAGUCCAGGAUGAUGCAUCCAAUAUCUAUGUCUGGGACCUUCUCGAGAAUGACCUGGGUCCUGUGGCCCAGCAGCCCAUCUUUCCAGACAGUCUCGUGGCCAUGACUAUCAUGGGGGAACCCGAGAAGACCAGCGGCAGCUUUGUGGCUCUGGUCCUGGCCAGGUCCUCUGGCACUGUCGACAUCCAGUACCUGAAGAAGUGGUGGACCACCCCAGUGGCAGAUGAGCACAGCCAGCUGCAUCUGCUUCUUCAGAAAUGAAGAUUUAGUAUCGGGAGAAGGUUGGGUACCUAAGACUCGAUUAUAGGAUGGAUUACUAUCCCUGUGUUCAUGUGCAUUUGUGUACAUAGAAUAUGUAUAUUUUGUACAUAAUUUGUUUUAGUAGAAGAGUACUUUGGUAUUCCCAGGAAAUAAAUCACUAUUUUUAAUGGAAACAGUGAACAUUUUAGUAUAUACUAAACUUCAAAGGAAAUACCAAGGAAGCCCAGAAAGCUUGUCCAAGAGUAUUUUUAGUUAUUUUUGGAAGAAUUUAAAAACACUGUCACAUUUGUUACUGGAUUUUAAACAGUCCACUAUGAAAAAGUACUUUAAUGGACUAUUUUCUUAGCCAUGCAUCAAAUGAUGUACAUAUAUCUAAAGUAAGUAAAAUUGCUCACUUUGGAGAUGACCUCCUCCAGCCUUCUGUUUUUCAAGUUUUCUUGAACAUGAGCUUUUGGUGUGAUUUGAAUGGCAGUCAUAGAAUUGCAUCAGACACAUUUUCCACAUGCUUUAGUAUAAAAACCAUCUUCAUAUAGGAAUAAUAUCAAGUAAAUAAAUUUUCUUGAA